UAUGUAAUAAAGUCUAAUUAUUGCGCAAUAGGGGGUUUGGACAAGGCGUCAGUAAAAAAAGAGUCAGAUUCUGCUAGUAGAUAUUAUCGGUAAAACGACAGUGGUCACCUCGGAGAUAAUCGAAAUCAUCCAACCACUCGCUCAGGCAACAAUACCGCCUCCAUGACGCAGCUCGUGAGCAUCACCAAGUUCCUGGCACACGCCAUUCGCGUUUCGCCUACAACCGGAUUCGCUCGUCCGUUUCACGUCUCCCUGAAAAACAUGGUUAUCGCUGUAGGUAACAAACUUCCGUCGGUUGACCUCUUUGAGGACACGCCGGCUAACAAAAUCAAUUUGGCCGAGUAUGCCGCCGGGAAGAAAAUCGUCAUCUUCGCCGUUCCCGGCGCCUUUACUCCGGGAUGCUCGAAGACUCAUCUUCCAGGGUACAUUCAAAAAGCUCCGGAGCUGAAAACAAAGGGUUUUCAUGAUGUAUUCUGCAUCGGUGUUAACGAUCCUUUCGUUAUGGCUGCUUGGGGUAAAGAACAGGGUGCUUCAGGCAAGGUGCGGAUGCUGGCUGAUCCAACUGGAGCAUUUACCGACGCCCUAGAGCUCUCCAUAGAACUCCCAGUAUUAGGAGGCAAACGCAGCAAGCGUUAUUCUAUGGUAGUUGAAGAUGGUGUUGUCAAGGAACUCAAUGUCGAGCCAGACAACACUGGUCUCUCCUGUUCUCUGGCAGACCGACUACACUCGUAAAGAAGUCGCUAAAAAUGCGGCCUCAAAUCUACAGCGCUAUCUAUCGAUCAACAUAUUAUUCUGUUGGAAUGAAAAUAGAAAACACAAGUACCACUAUUGGGGAUCCCUUGAUCCCAACUUUUUUUCAGCUCACCCGCCUACUCGACUUCUAUGGCACUCUUCUAGGUAUAGAAAGCGACACAGUGCUGAAGUGUUUUUCCCUUUCAUUAAUAUAUCCAUACAAGUCUCAUUGAGUAAUUAUCCAGUUUACAAUUAGUUUUGAACCCUCGUACAGUUAUCUUAAGAGACUAAUUAUUUUAUAGCCAUUGAUUAUUGCACAUAAUUUUCAUUGAUGCAUAUUAUCAAUGGUGAUGUUGGAGCAUUUGAGAGUUAUAUUCGAUAGUUGGCAAAUUUUCAAGUUUAAUUAGUCAUUCCUAACAGAGAACACCAGUCUCGAUAAGUUUUAGGUGUAGUAUGUAUGUAUAGUAAAAAAUCAAACUGCAGUAAAAAACAAUACGUGAUUUGGCAAACUAAUAACAAGCAUACAAUAAAUGUAAUGAUAUCUGUAAUUUGAGAUGCCAUUUUGCCAUGGUUUUUUCUCUCACAUUGUUAUAAUUUGUGAAAUGAAUACAUAUUUUACGUUAUCUAA